AUGCUGAAUUCGACUAUUCCAAUCGCCCACUCGACAAAUCGUUCCGACCACCAGACUCACCCAUGUCCACCACCAGUCAAUAAAAGCCCUGUUCAGCAACAUCAGGAGCCAGAAACAACGUCAACAAGGUCCGCAACUGCCGAUCUCGACAUGCAGUCGAGUCAGGAGAUCGACCGUGACAUUAAUUGGCGAGAGGUUGCUGUUGAAGCCGUGCCACCAAGGCCACCCGACUGUCCUGGGCCUCCGUCCAAUGAUCCACCGUCCCUGGAUCCAGGCACUGAGUUCCUAAAAUCUUGUGUGCCAUCUUUCCUCAAACCUCCAGCUUCAUGUCUGAACGAGCAAGAUCUAGACUAUCUCAGUCUCAAAGGCGCACUAUCCAUCCCCGAACCAGAGCUUCGCGAUGCCUUAAUCGAGAGCUAUGUAUUUUAUAUUCAUCCGUGCUACCCACUAGUCGACCUCGGGGCUUUGGAAGCAGCCAUGCAGGGCAAUUCGGGCGAACCUUUCAGUCUCUCGGUCUUUCAGGCCAUCAUGUUUGCUGGUGCAGCUUGGGUCGAUAUCAAGAUGCUUAGGAAACUGGGAUAUCUAUCGAGAUGGGCGGCUCGAAAGACGUUUUACUCAAAAGCUCGAUUGCUCUAUGAUACUGACUACGAGCAAGACCGCCUGUGCCAGCUUCAAACUCUCGUUCUAAUGUCACUCUGGUGGAAGGCACCGAAUGAGACCAAGGAUGGGUGGCACUGGCUUGGCCUUGCGAUAUCUCUUGCUCGCACAAUGGGCCUUCAUCAAGAUAUCACAAACAAACACCUCGAUAAGAAAACCAGUACUCUAAGACGACGAAUAUGGUGGAGUUGUACGAUCCGAGACACUUUCACAUCAUUUUCUGCUAAUCGUGUUCCUCGUAUCUCAGAUGGGGAUUUUGCUGUUGCUCCCUUGACUUUGGAUGAUUUUGACUGGUACGAGGGGCGUGAUGAUACUCGCACGGGUAUUGGAAAACAAAGCUUGUCCGUGCAGAAACAGCUCGCAGCCAUGUGCAUACAAACGGCAGCUCUUUGCAGGAUCAUCACGCGAGUGCUUCUGGCAGCCUACAGUGUGACCUCGACUGGUGAUAUCGACAUCCUUUAUUUUAACUCCACUCCUGAACAAGGUAGAUUGAUGAUCCAGCCAACUAUCCUGCGCAACAUCGAAGAGGAAUUUCGGGCGUGGUAUACCAACAUACCAUCAGACGUGGCUCAUUGCAGUCCGAUAUUCGCAUCAUCUCUACGGCACGAACAAGCGCCACUCGUACACCGUGCACUGCUUUCGAUCCUGUACUACACGGGCUUAAUCAUGAUCCACCGUCAAAGGGAUCCAAGCUCGCCUGCAGAAGAGAGUCCACGCAAUCUGGUCCGCGACGCUGCCAGUCAAGUCAACAGGAUCAUCAUCGACAUUUACGCGGUGGACCUGAUGAAAGACAUGUCACCAACGGUGAUCAGUCUUCUGUUUCCUACCAGCAUGAGCCACAUGCUCGAUAUGAAGAGUCGAGAUGCCAUAAUACGCCGGAGUGGCGCGCAGAAGCUGCAAGAAUGUAAAAGGGCCAUCCGUGAACUUGUCGAUGGUCACUUUGCAGCCGAGUGGGCCGUUAAUUUCCUGAAUUGCGUGGAAUCCAAAGUCAAUUCUCAGGCACCUAUCGUCAAUGCUGGUACUCGCACGGCCUUUAGUCGCCAGAAAAUGGGUGAGCAAAGACAAGAUCAUGGUGAGGAACGGGUAGCGUCGCAGGCUUACUCUCCUACACUCUCUGCCAGUAACCCUGCUUUCUCUUUGGACACGCUGUCGCCCAAUUUUGUGCCCGGUCUUAGCGGUUCGACCGCGGAAGAUGAUCCUGUCGAUUGGUUUGAUAUGCCUAACGUCUAUUUUGGCUUCCCUGACACCCAGUGGGAUGGCUCCGGCUUGGCUCGGCUAGAGAAUGAUAGGAUGCUGAUGGACUUUGGAAUAGGAAGCUUCCGAGACUAUCAAGUCUGA